AUGAAAACAGAAGUUAAAAUGAAGUACAUUGCCUGUAUUGCUUUUUUUGUUUUAUUUGGAAGCGCGUUAAGUAAAGCGGUGCCGCAAUAUUCCCCUUACACAUAUUCUUUUUAUACCUAUACAACUCCUAUAACAACACCGAUCGGAGGAUUUAUUACUUGCACAAGCUUUCCUUCUUCAUAUAAUUCAUAUACUACUACAACCCCAACUUAUUCAACCAGUGGAUGGCCUUAUACUACAACACCUACUACAUAUACUACUCCGUAUUAUACAAUUGGAUGUUCAACACCGUAUCCUUAUUGGCCUUACACUACAAUACCUACUACGUAUACUACUCCGUACUAUAUUACUGGAUGCUCAACACCGUACACUAAUUAUCCUUACACUUCAGCAGUAACUUCGUAUACUACUCCGUACUAUACUCCUGCAUGUUCAAACUCGUACCCUUCUUUUUAUUAUACUUCAACAACUAGUAUGUACGACACUCCUGAUUCACAUUUAACUUAUCCUGCAUAUACAACGCCGUACAGUUGUUAUACUACUUCAACAUCUACACCGUAUUCAACUUAUUAUCCUGUAUGCUCAACGCCGUCCAGUUAUUACACUGGAUGGCCUUAUACUCCAACAUCUACACCGUAUUCAACUUAUUAUCCUGUAUGCUCAACGCCGUACAGUUAUUACACUGAAGGGCCUCAUACAUCAACAGCUACACCGGAUUCAACUUAUUACGGUUGUUACACCAGUGGAUGGCCUUAUACUUCAACAUCUACACCGUAUUCAACUUAUUAUCCUGUAUGCUCAACGCCGUACAGUUAUUACACUGAAGGGCCUCGUACAUCAACAGCUACACCGGAUUCAACUUAUUACGGUUGUUACACCAGUGGAUGGCCUUAUACUCCAACAUCUACACCGUAUUCAACUUAUUAUCCUGUAUGCUCGACGCCGUACAGCACUUUCACUCUACCACCUACACUCCCACCUAAUAAUCCGCCCUUCAAUCCACCUCAGGUGCCUGAUGUUGAUAAUGAUGGUCCGCUUACCGAAAUAUUAGAGCCCGUUAUUGACAUAAUAAAGGCACCAAUUGGAAUAAUAAAAGCUGUUGGCUAA